AUGGCGGCUAUGGGUGUAAACAAGGCCGGCCUCGGAGCUGGGCUCGAUGCCGGCCCCCGGCACAGCGGCAGCCGGGGGCCGGCCGGGGCUGCUGUGAAGGUUCUUGAGUGUGGAGUCUGUGAAGAUGUAUUUUCUUUGCAAGGUGAUAAAGUUCCCAGACUGCUUUUGUGUGGUCAUACCGUCUGCCAUGACUGUCUUACUCGGCUUCCUCUCCAUGGCAGAGCAGUUCGCUGUCCUUUUGAUCGACAAGUUACUGAACUAGGAGAUUCAGGUGUGUGGGGCUUGAAAAAAAACUUUGCUUUGCUGGAGCUUUUGGAACGACUGCAGAAUGGCCCUGCUGGCCAAUGUGGGACAACAGAAGAAGUAAUUGGCCAGUCUGGAGAGAGCAUCAUUCGUUGUGAUGAAGAUGAAGCUCAUGUUGCAUCUGUAUACUGCACUGUUUGUGCCACUCACUUGUGUGCAGAGUGUUCCCAGCUUACCCAUUCUACGAAGACAUUAGCAAAACAUAGGCGUGUACCUCUUGCUGAAAAACCUCAUGAGAAGACCAUGUGUUGCCAGCACCAGGUGCAUGCCAUUGAAUUUGUUUGUUUAGAAGAAGAUUGUCAGACCAGUCCCCUUAUGUGUUGUGUCUGCAAAGAAUAUGGAAAGCAUCAGGGUCAUAAGCAUUCUGUUUUGGAACCAGAAGCAAACCAGAUCCGUGCAUCCAUUUUAGACAUGGCACACUGUAUAAGAACCUUCACAGAAGAAAUCUCAGACUAUUCCAGAAAACUAGUUGGGAUUGUUCAACAAAUUGAAGGAGGAGAACAAAUAGUGGAAGAUGGAAUUGGAAUAGCUCAUACAGAACAUGUCCCAGGUACUGCAGAAAAUGCCCGUUCAUGCAUCCGAGCCUAUUUUUCUGAUCUUCAUGAAACCCUUUGUCGCCAGGAAGAAAUGGCACUUAGUGUGGUUGAUGCACAUGUGCGGGAGAAAUUGAUUUGGCUCAGACAACAGCAAGAAGACAUGACUAUCCUGUUGUCACAGGUUUCAACUGCUUGUCUUCACUGUGAAAAGACUUUACAGCAGGAUGACUGCAGAGUAGUGUUGGCUAAACAGGAGAUUACAAGGCUACUAGAAACAUUACAAAAACAGCAGCAGCAAUUUACAGAACUUGCAGAUCAUAUACAGCUUGAUGCUAGCAUUCCUGUCACUUUUACAAAGGACAACAGGGUACAUAUUGGACCAAAAAUGGAGAUUCGAGUUGUGACCCUAGGAUUAGACGGAGCUGGCAAAACAACUAUUUUGUUUAAGUUAAAGCAGGAUGAGUUCAUGCAACCUAUUCCAACAAUAGGUUUUAAUGUUGAAACUGUAGAAUAUAAAAAUCUGAAGUUUACUAUUUGGGAUGUAGGAGGGAAGCACAAGUUGAGGCCUUUGUGGAAGCAUUAUUACCUCAAUACACAAGCGGUGGUAUUUGUUGUCGAUAGCAGUCACAGAGACAGGGUUAGUGAAGCACACAGUGAACUUGCAAAGUUAUUAACAGAGAAAGAAUUGCGGGAUGCCCUGCUGCUCAUCUUUGCCAAUAAGCAGGAUGUAGCGGGGGCUCUUUCAGUAGAAGAAAUCACAGAAAUGCUGAGUCUCCAUAAACUCUGCUGCGGCCGUAGCUGGUAUAUUCAGGGCUGUGAUGCUCAAAGUGGCAUGGGACUAUAUGAAGGAUUGGACUGGCUUUCAAGGCAACUGGUGGCUGCAGGUGUACUGGAUGUGGCUUAA